AUGGAAAUUAUAGCCUAUAUUCAAACCGAUAUCGAGAUGUCUGCGAAUCGCGCUCCUGCCGCCAUACCCUACGACCUUCGCAAGAAGCACAUUCCUCGCAUCCCAUCCCCAGCCCCGAACCAGGAUCCCGCUGGCAAUUAUACUCCGAUGGCCGCUGCAAGGAAGAUAAGAAAAAUGAGGCAAAAGAAGGCGUCUGAAGCGUCUAGAGCGUCUGGAGCAAGGAGUUCUGCUGAGAGACCUCAGGCAAAGGCGCCGGCGAGCCAAAAACGCUCAUUGCCAGCACCUUCCAACGCGUCAAAACGUGUCAGAUUCGAGAUAUCCAAUGAAGCCGUUACUGAGUCGGUCCCUGAAGCUGUUGGUGACGCGUCUGACGAUGCCCCGGUCGAUACUCCUGCCAAUGCUCCUGA